AUGCGGUUUGUCCCCCAACCGGAGAUAUUCCGUGACGAGGCUGGCGGCUCAGAAACGCAAUGGCUACCCAGGACUUAUUGCGACGUCGCCUACGCUACGCACACACUACCGGAAUGUGUAACACCCGAGGAUGAAAGUAUGUUCUAUUACCACGACCACGCGACGACGUUCACUGAUAACGUGUUCGUUAGCAAGGCCUUGGCCAAUAUGGCCCCCGCACUACGUGUUGGGGCAUGGACGAAUGAAGCGGAACUUAUCACCGGGCUCGGUAUCGCGACAUACGUACACAGCGAGCGCGGUACCGCCUCUGGCGAGGAGGGUACGGCUAUGGCGCUUGAUGAUGUGGAGCGCGCGAUGCUGAAGCGCCGUUUAUACGAGGAGUGGAAGCGGGGGGGUCGGAAUAGGUGA